UCAGUUAGGGCCAAAGGCUUUGUUAGCAUGAAGUCCAUUCUCGGUAAGGUCUAUCCCUUCCAACUGGGCUUCAGGGCCCACACUUUGGCAAGCGGACAUUUCAUUGAGGCCCAGAAAGCUCACGCCCAUCUCGUAAAACUGGGAAUCCCCGCCGUUGAAUCUGAUCUUGUUACGUCGUAUUGUGAAGCGGAAGCAUUCUCUAAUGCUCGUCAAGUGUUCGAGGAAACGUCUGCCUGGAACUUGGUUUCAGUAACAGCCAUUAUUGGUCACUUUGCACGACACGGCCGCCAAAAAGAAGCGAUCGGUAUUUUCUCUCGCAUGCUUAUUUUGAACAUCAGACCCAAUGAGUACGCGUUUGCUAUCUUGAUUCACUCGUCCGUUGCUGUCAAAAACCUCCACACAGGCAGGCAGCUUCAUGCUUGCGCUGCAAAAAUGGGUCUCCAAUCCAACGUCUUUGUGGGUAGUUCGCUUGUUGAUACCUACGCCAAAUUGAGUAGUAUUGAGGAAGCUCAAAGGGCCUUCAGAGAUACCAACAACCCCAAUGUCGUUUCUUACACUACUUUGAUCUGUGGAUUCCUAAGAAAUGAGAGACUUGAGGCCGCUCUCCGGCUUUUCGAAGAAAUGCCUGAGAGAAAUAUAGUCUCUUGGAAUGCAAUGAUCGGAGGGUGUAGCCAGAUGGGCCAUAACGAAGAAGCCGUGAAUCUUUUCAUUGAGAUGCACAGGGAAGGCUGGAAGCUCAACGAAUCAACUUUUCCCUGUGUUUUCAGCGCAGCAGCUAACAUUGCGGCUCUUGGAAUGGGUAUGAGCUUUCACGCCUGUGCCAUCAAAACUCUAACCAAGCACGACGACGUCUUCGUUGGUAACUCUCUAAUAAGCUUUUAUGCUAAAUGUGGGAACAUGGAAGACAGUCUCUUGGCGUUCGAUAGAAUUCCUGAAAGAAACGUCGUUUCUUGGAACGCCGUGAUCUGUGGGUUCGCGCAGAAUGGGAGAGGAAAGGAAGCUUUAGAAUCUUACCAGAGGAUGAAGAUGUCAGGAGUUAGGCCUAAUAGUGUCACUCUUCUAUGUGUACUCUGGGCUUGUAAUCACUCAGGCCUAGUGGAAGAAGGUAUUACAUAUUUCAAUCAAGCAAGAACCGAAGACCCCUAUGCCCUAACACCUGAGCACUAUGCUUGUAUGGUUGAUCUACUCUCGCGAUCUGGGCUUUUUUCGGAAGCCGAGAGGUUUCUUCAGGAACUGCCCUUCGACCCAGGAGUUGGGUUUUGGAAGGCUUUACUCGGAGGAUGCCAGAAACACUCAAAUAUGGAAUUGGGUGAACUUGCAGCUCGACAGAUCUUGGCAUUGGAUCCUGAAGAUGUUUCAUCUUAUGUAUUGCUAUCAAAUGCUCAUUCCGCUGCAGGAAGAUGGCAGAGCGUUUCAAUGAUAAGGAAGGAGAUGAAGGAGAAAGGGAUGAAGAGAAUUCCAGGUUGCAGUUGGAUUGAGGUUAAGAACAGAGUUCAUAUUUUUGUUACUGGGGACAGGAGACACAAUAAGAUGGAUGAGAUUUAUAUGGUUCUUCGUUCUUACUCUGAACAGUUGAAGGAAAACCCAGAAUUCAGCUUUCUUAAAGACCAUUGAAUUGAAGUUUGUUUUCAACUAGUUCAUCAAUAAGAAAUAAAGGAAAACCCAAUUGUUCAA